UGGCUAGUACAGACAAAAAAGUUAAACCUAGAGUUUCUAUCGAAUACUGUCCCAAAUGUCGUUGGAUGCUCCGUGCUGCUUGGAUGGGUCAAGAGCUUUUGACAACAUUUGAGAAUGAUAUCGGAGAGCUUGCAUUGAUUCCUGGCGAUGUUGGUAUAUAUAAUGUCAAAGUCAAUGAGACUGUUGUUUGGGACCGCAAAAUAACAAAAAGAUUUCCUGAGAUGAAAGAGCUGAAACAAUUGGUUCGAGAUAUCAUUGCACCUGAAAGAUCUUUAGGCCAUUCUGAUCGUAAAAAGGAAGAAACUGUCGUCAAUACUGAAGAAAAAGAAGAAUGCAAAACUUGUCCUAAAGAAUAAAAUCAGACCAUUACAUCCUAAAUUUUUGUUAUGCGGUUACACUCAAAUCAAUAAGGAAAUUCUUUUCAAUAAAGCAUAGUCGCACAAUGUUUAACUGUUGAGGCAAGCUCUUAUUGGACAGUUGUUGUACGCGAAUGCUUAUUUUUUUUUUUCACUUACCCGCUCUGUCC